AAUUUUCAUCUCACACAUAAAAAACAAGUCUUGCAAAUCUUUGCAAAAAUGGAUCAACAGCAACCCACCACAGGCUUUCGAUUCUACCCAACUGAAGAAGAGCUCAUCUCUUUCUACCUCCUCAACAAGCUCGAAUCCAACCGCCAAGGCAGCAUUCGUCGCGUCAUUGCUGAGCUCGACAUUUACAGCAUCGAGCCAUGGGAGCUCCCAAGAUCUGCGGCGGAGUUGUGCCAGGGAGACACCGAGCAGUGGUUCUUCUUUACGCCGAGGCAGCAGCGAGAAGCGCAAGGAGGGCGACCUAACCGGACUACGGCUUCCGGCUACUGGAAGGCGACUGGCUCGCCGGGGUAUGUUUACUCAUCGGAUAAUCGGGUCAUUGGAGUGAAGAAGACGAUGGUUUUCUACAAAGGGAAAGCUCCGACGGGAAGAAAGACCAAGUGGAAGAUGAAUGAGUACAGAGCCAUUGAAGGAGCAGCAGCAGCAGCAGCUCCCGCAGCUACCACUAGUAACAUUUUCGCUACUUCUACCAUUCCCAAGUUGAGAAAUGAGUUCCGGUUGUGCCGAGUAUACAUAGUCUCGGGGAGUUCUCGAGCAUUUGAUCGCCGCCCGUUAGAAGCAACCGGAGACGCAUCACAUCGACAAAGUGAUUUCACGAGGGCUAGUGCAACUUCAUCUCACCAUGCAACGAUGGUAAUGGAGAAAACAAGCUCAUCAUCCGAUACUCAUUCAAAUUCAGGAGACCGAGCUGAUCUCAUAGCAGAGAUUAAUUACUGGGAAAUGAAUGAUGAUUUCCAACAACCACUGUGGGAAUGGGAGCAGCUAAACUUUCUUUGAAGCAAGUGAGAACUCAGUUAAAAAAAAAUUUCAAGUUUAUAGACAUCUGAGUAUAUUUUAAGUCGGAAGAAAUGUGUAAUAGUUCGGAUGUCUUGAGAUUUAACUAAAUAUCAAUUUGGAGAGAGCAAGUAAUGAUAGGCGUACUUAAUUUAGGUGUAGUUAGGUACUUUUGUUGUAAUUAAGUGUAGUUAAAAUUCAAUAUUUUUAACACUUGUUAUCUUCAAG